UUAUAUAAAACGUUUGCAUCAAACUGUCUCUCAGAUGACUUCACAGAGCUGAGGAGAUGACAUGGAAGCUAAUGGUUUGGUAAAAUCUGUAUCUGGGCAGAAGUAAACUUGAAGCUAACCAUUUACAUGUAAUUGCUAAGGAUUACAAUUCUCUAUAAACCUUUUCUCAAAGCAUAAGAAUUUAUGGCGUCCAACAGCUCUGUGAUGAGUGUUGGGUUUUCUGCAAAAAAUCUUAAUUUACAGGCCGUCAUUGUUCAGGUGCUGAUAGCUGUUUUUCUCAGCAUCAACCUUUUCCUCAUUUCAACUUUUUUCAGGAGGGAGGUCUUUUACACAACAAUGCGUUAUAUCCUAUUUGUUGUGACUUUGCUAUCUGAUUGUCUUUUUUUAAUCAUGGCUGAUUCCCUGCUUUUGUUGAGCUAUUUUGGUUUUGCCAUACACAUGUGGCUGUGCCUUAUAUUGUACAUUAUUUUGUCUGUGUACUCAUUUGUCACACCUCUUACCCUCACAGCAAUGUCGCUGGAGCGCUAUGUGGCCAUCUGCAUGCCUCUGCGACAUGCAGAGCUGUGCAACACGCGUGGCGCUUUAAAGCUCAUUUUUAUCAUUCACAGCAUCAGCGCUGUUCCCUGCACUGUUAACCUCUGCAUUUUCUCUGCUGCAGUGUCUUUCUCCAUCUACACCCAGAGCAGAGUUUGUUCUGUAGAGACGUUCCUUUUGUUCAGCUGGCAGGGUCAUCUAAGGUCAGCCAUAAGUCAGUUUUACUUCUUGAUCAUUUUCACAAUAAUUGUUUUCUCCUAUGUCAAGAUACUAAAGGUGGCCAAAACUGCUUCAGGAGAGAAUAAAAAGUCAACAUGGAAAGGACUCAGAACUGUGAUUCUUCAUGGUUUUCAGCUGCUGCUUGGUCUCAUCCAGCUGUGGUGCGGCUUCAUAGAAGCUGCAGUUCUUAAAGUUAAUCUGACUGUGUAUAUUAAUGUAAGAUACUUUAACUACGUCAUGUUUUUUCUCGCUCCAAGAUGCUUGAGUCCUCUCAUCUAUGGCCUUAGAGAUGAAUUGUUUUAUCAGGCACUGAAGUCUUAUGCUCUUUGUGGCCUUCAUAAAAAAUAAUAAUUUAAUACUUGUUUUGCAUUGUAUUCUAGGAGUUUCUGUUUAACUUGUUUAAAAAUAUAAUAAAAACAGUAACUUUUAUGUACAAUUAUUGAAGAGGAAGAAAGACUGAUUUUUUUAUCCGACAUGUUAUGAACCUGAUGAUAAUUACAAUAAAUGCAAAUGCAAGGAUUUCUGUCUUUUCUGAGUGUUUAGUAAAACUUUAAAUGCCAAUUCAUUGCAGAUUUCUAUA